AUGGUAUCACCCGCAGAUGGUCGCUUAUCGACGGUGGAGGAGAACGUGGCGACGGACCCUGUUCAGCAGCAACCCACCACUUCACGUUGGAAACGGUUUUUUGGAGGAAACUCGACAGAAGAUCCUGAAUCUGGCGAGGAUGUGCCCUAUCGUGCAAAAUCGACACUAGGAAUUCUCAGUGACAAACAAACCGACGAAGUACCUGGAACGGUCCUUCUCCUAUCAUCGAAUCGCAAUGAACCCUUAGGCAUGAGACAUCAGCCGCACCGGACCUCAGCAUCUUCUAUCUCGUCUUACCCUCGCUCACGAUCUACCUCUCGAUCCCGCUCCGCUGUCGCAAAGAAGAGAACACCCGACGGACAAUUUGUACUUGAUCCGCAGCCAGAUGACUCUGUGAAUGAUCCUCUGAACUGGCCUGUCUGGCAGAGAGAUGCCGCGCUGCUCUCGCUCGGUUUCUACUGUUUGAUGGGAGGUGGUAUGACUCCGAUCCUGGCAGCUGGAUUCAAUGAGGUUGCAGAUCAGUACAAUGUCAGCACGCAGCAAGUCGCCUUCACUACUGGAUUCUACAUGUUGGGCCUAGGUCUGGGAUCGGUCGUGAUGUCGCCUACUGCGAUUCUCUAUGGAAAACGGCCCGUCUACCUCCUGGGAGCAUCUUUGUUCGUUAUCUCAGCAAUCUGGUGUGCCGCAUCACCAAAUUAUCCCAGUCUCGUGGUCGCUCGCAUUUUCCAAGGCCUCGCAGUGAGCCCGGUUGAGUGCCUUCCCUCUGCUACUAUUGCGGAGAUUUACUUCUUGCAUGAGAGAGCUUACCGAGUUGGCAUUUACACAUUACUACUACUGGGAGGCAAGAACCUCAUCCCCCUAGUGAGUGCUGCUAUUAUUGGAGGUCUGAACUGGCGCUGGGUAUUCUGGAUCGUCGCGAUUAUCGUUGGUGCAUGUCUGGUACUGCUCUUCUUCUUUGUUCCCGAAACAUUUUGGGACCGCACUCCUCGCCCUCGUCAGCCCAAGCAAAAGCGCCCGCGCCUCCCAGGCCGCAGUGUCUCUGACAUUGUCCACCACCCGUUCCGUGGGAGACGCCCGCAUGUUCAAAUCCCAGAAGAAUCCGCUGAACCUAUGGAUCACUCAGAAUUGAACCUGUCACCGAAAAGAACAAAGAACGCGCAUGUUGGAUUUGCAGAUGAUCAAGUGGAAAGUGGAAGCCACGGAUUUGACAUCGAAAAGACCGACUUCACACCCGGGGCCGUAAAUACUACCAAUGGUGAUCAAAUUAUCUCUGAAACCCCUAAUCCAGCCACUGAGAAGGGGAAUGAUUUUCUGCAAGUGCCACCUCCUGCUUUGGUACCUGGGGCAAACCCGGAUGACUUGGAAGCAUCUCGUUCAUCUGCAAUAACCGAGUCGCAAGAGCCUGUUGGGCCACCUUUAACCGCAACGCUACAGUACACCAACCGACUCCGCGAGCGCCCGAAGAUCCCAUACUCUCAGCUCCUCGGAAUAUGGAAUGGCCGAAUCGCACAAGACAGUUGGCUCCGAGUCGCUGCACGUCCAUUUAUUCUGUUCGCUUAUCCAUCCGUGCUCUGGUCAACAGUAGUCUACGCCCUGUCCGUCGGCUGGUUGAUCGUGAUUUCAGAGUCUGUUGCCCAUCUCUAUCAGGGCAGAGAACACUACAACUUUACCCCACUUCAGACUGGUCUGGUCUACAUCUCACCCUUUGUCGGCGGUCUCUUGGGAACUGCAGUAGCCGGUAAGGUAUCCGACAUCAUCACGCGCUAUCUCACCAAACGUAAUGGCGGUAUCUACGAACCCGAGUUCCGUCUUGUCAUGGCAAUCCCCAUCACUUUGUCUACUGUCGUUGGAUUGAUGGCCUUUGGUUGGAGUGCCGAGAUCAGGGACAACUGGAUUGUGCCCACUAUCUUCUUCGGACUUAUCUCUUUCGGUUGCUGCUUGGGCAGUACUACUGCCAUUACCUUCUGCGUGGACAGCUAUCGUCAAUACGCUGGUGAAGCGCUUGUCACACUGAACUUUAGCAAGAAUAUUCUCCACGGCCUAAUCUUCUCCCUCUUCAUCGUGGACUGGCUGGACGCCGAAGGAUCCAAGGAUGUCUUUCUCGUCAUCGGCGGUAUCCAGCUAUUCUUCAUGCUCAUGACGAUUCCAAUGUACAUUUACGGCAAACGAGCUCGUAUGUGGACAGUGCGUAAGCAGCUCAUGGAACGAUUCUGA